AUGUCGGAACUCGCCAACUUCGACAACUUUUUCAAUCUCAGCGGCAAAGUCGCCCUCGUGACAGGCGGAUCCCGCGGGUUGGGCCUCCACGCCGCAACGGCAUUUCUCCGGGCGGGCGCAAAGACAGUCUUCAUCACGGCCCGCAAGGCCGAAGGAGCCCAGGGGAUCAACCAGGCAGUCGACAGGCUCAACGCCCUCCCGGGCAUCCAGGGCAGGGCGGUCGGCAUCGCGGCCAACGUGGCCGAGGAGAAGGAAGUGCAGCGGCUGUGUGAAGAAGUGCAGAAGGUCGAAUCGUCUCUACACAUCCUCGUCGCCAACGCGGGCGCGACGUGGGGAGGGCCGUUUGAUACGACGCCGGACUGGGCCAAUGCGAAGAUCCUCGAUUUGAAUGUCCGGGGGAUAUUCAACAUUGUCAGAACCUUCGCGCCUCUCCUCGAGAGAUCAGCGUCAGCGACACCAGGCGACCCGGCCCGCGUCAUCGUGGUCAGUUCGACGGCCGGCGUCACCGUCCCGCACACGGGCGAGAACGGGACGAUAAUGUACUCUGCGUCCAAGGCGGCGGCGCACCAUCUCGCGCGCAACCUCGCCGUCGAGCUGGGCCCGCGGAACAUCACGACCAACACCGUGGCCCCCGGGUUUUUCCCGUCGAAGCUGGCCAACGGCCUGAUCGAGAACCUCGGCGGCGCCGAGCACAUCGGCUCGACGAACCCGCGCCGGAGGCUGGGCGUGCCUGAGGACAUUGCGGGGGUGACGCUCUUCCUCGCGUCGCCGGUGGCAGGGUACAUCAACGGCGUGGAUAUCGAGGUGGACGGAGGUGCUCAUUUGAGUGUUGGGAGGUUGCCGCCGCCGCCGCCGCCUGUCAAGUCAGAGGCAAAGGCAAAGUUGUAA